CGGAAUUCGUUUUAAUACUCCUAGUAAUUUCCCAAUAAGUUUCUUAUCAUAAUUGGGAGUGAAAUGCUUUAAUAGUACGUUGAAUAUUUUUCAAAAAUCAUUAGCUUCGAAUAAGUGUCCAAGCUCCUUUUAAACAUUCAUUCAUAAUGAUCUUUAUAAGCAUGUCAAUAAGAAAAGAACUGUACAUGUUGUUGAAGACACGGAAACUAUUAUACGGAAUAUGGAAACGCAAAUAUUUCCUGUUAAAAGUAUUUCAAAAAUACUUUGUCAAAAAUAGCUUAAAUAAAUCAAAAAUUCUUGCUUCACGAUGUGGUUGGAUAUGAGGCUUUGUCUUGUUUUAUUACUUGUUCUACAAGUGAGUUUUUCGUCCAUACUGGUUGAUAUUUCAUGUCCUGUUCUUUGUGUAUGUCGGAAUAACGAAGCAGUAUGUGAGGGACAUGGCAAAAAAAUGAACUACAUUCCUCCCCUUCCUAGUGGUAUAACCUCUCUUACAUUUCGCCGUAACCAUCUGUCCCGCAUGAGAAAUAACGUUUUCGAGAAUAUAUCCCAUCUUCACCUGACGAAACUUGUCCUCAGAAGGAAUAGAAUUGAUCAAGUGGAUAAAACUGCGUUCCGGGAGCUUCCUUACUUACAAUCCCUGGAUCUAAGUGGAAACAAAUUACAUGCUAAGAAACUGAAGAAGGUGGUCUAUGGAUUGCAGAAUGGGACCAUACAGGAACUCUAUCUCACACAACUUCAUAUGGCUAAUAUGUCAGACGACUUCUUCCUACAGUUGAAAACUUUACGACGAAUUUACUUAGACGACAAUGUGUUUUACAACUUCUGCGGGAACUUGUUGUCGUUACCUCAACAGAUGCAGCUGAUUUCAUUGACAAACAACCAAAUUUCAACUGUCGAGUUCAAGAGAGUGAUGCCGAAUAUGGAAGUUCUCAAUCUGAGGAAAAACAAAUUACUAUCAGUUCCCAAAUUUUGCUUUAGCGGCAAGCCAAGUUUCCCCAAGCUCAAAGUUCUUCAUCUGAGUGAUAAUCUAAUAUCCGUCGUUUGGAAAAGAAAUUUUAUGAAACAAUGCUUGCCAAAUCUGCAAAUUCUAACGCUUGGAUUUAACAAAAUUCAGACCAUUGUCAAAAACUUCAUUAAUGACUUAUCAAAUCUUCAAUACUUGUCCAUCGAAAACCUCGCACCAGGUGUAACAGUUAAUGAAUAUUCUUUCAAUAGUUCUUCUCUGAUGUAUUUAUACAUGGCAAACAAAAUGAAUAUCAUGAGGUACACUUUAAACAUUUUCCAAUAUUGUCGUAAUUUGGAAGUUCUGGAUAUGACUGGUAUACAGCUAAAUUCGUCACAUAACUUAGAAAGGAAAUUAUUAAAUCUUUUACGUCCUCUCACCAAGCUGCAGGAACUUGUAUUAAAAGGCACCUCCGUAACAACGUUUCCGAAAACGCUCUUCACCAUCAUGCCAAACCUGAGAACGCUCUCCUUACAAAACUGUUUUAUAAAUGAAUCCCAUCUGGGGAUAUUUUCAUCGACAUCAGUCAAGUUAAAGACUCUUCUCUUAGAUUACAAUCUGAUAACGACUUUGAAUAAAACAAAUCUUCCAGCUCAUAUUGAACACAUUAGCUUGAAAGGUAAUCCUUUCUUGUGUACAUGUGAUCUAGUUUGGUUUCGAGACUGGAUUCAAAAUCAUUCACAUCAGCUCCUCGGCUGGCCCAAGCAGUAUGUAUGUCAUCUCCCGCAAGAAUGGAUAGGACGGAAUCUCGCAGAUUUCCAUCUAAGCUUCGAGUUUUGUCACCCUUUCAAUGCAUACAUUCUUGUGGCUAUAUCGGUGUCAUUUGCAGUGUUUAUCAUCGUUAUAGUUUCGUGUGUAUUAUACCAAAAGCGCUGGCAUAUUAAGUACUAUUUGUAUCUCUUGCGUGCCAAAAGACGAGGUUAUGAAAUAUUAGGAGGUGAUGAAUUUGCUUAUGAUGUUUUUGUAGCUUAUAAUUCUGAUGAUAGGAUAUGGGUCAUUUCAGAGAUUGUACCAAAACUGGAGAAAGAAGAAAAAUUCAAACUUUGUCUACAUGAUAGAGAUUUUCAAGUGGGAAAACUUAUCGUAGAUAAUAUAACUGACACCAUGCACAGAAGCCGAAAAAUUCUAAUCGUAUUGUCUAACAGCUUUGCACAGAGCCAUUGGUGUCGAUUCGAAACCAUGUUGGCACAGCUGCGGACGAUAAAUAAGGAAAAAGAGAUGGUCAUCGUUAUUAUUCUGGAGAAUAUCCUUACCAAAAAUAUGACCAAUUCCUUGCAUGUUCUGCUGAAGACAACCACUUUCAUAGAGUGGACCAACGAAAAAUCAGGGAAGGAAAUGUUUUGGAACAGAGUGAUAUCCGCCAUUAAAUCUUAAUUUUAAAACAAUUUCAAAUUCAAGCUAUUUACUGGUAUAUACUGGAUUUUCAAAGAAAAUGUUAUUGUGUUUCAGUAUCAGUUAUCAUCUUUCUUCUCACAUUCCUGCUUGAUUUAAUUACGUACCGUGUUUCUGUUUACUUUUUUGAAAUACAAUCCAUACAAUUUUCUUGUAGAUGUUAUCAUU